AUGCUCAAACUCUUUUGUGCCGCUCUGCCACUUGUGGCCAGAGUUGCCCUGGCUGCUCCAACCGUUGCUGAAAGAUGUCAAGCUCCAGAGCAGCACUCAGUGCCUCUUUCUUCGCCAGUAUCGAGUGGACUGACCGCUUCUCUGCCAUUCGGCUCAGAGCCGCUGGAUACUGAGCCCAUCGUCGUGGAUCCAUUUGCUUCGCAGUCGUCACAUCUAGAGCCAUUGGCUCCCAAUCCACUCGAUCUAGGAUCAGGCGCGGAAUCUCCUGUACCGCCACUGUCAGAUCCAUUACUGGACAAUCCCACUCCUGGGCCAUUUUCUUCUCCGGCAUCAUCAUCAUCAGCUAGAAAUGAUACUUCUUCACAAUCAGAAGCCAAACCUCCGUUCUUUAAGCCAAGCAACACUGGUACAACUAAUGAAAAGAGCUCCUGGACAAGACCACAGGGGAAGAAGAAGAAUGUUGUGUAUUUUACAAACUGGAGCAUCUAUGGCGCAAAUUUUCUGCCUCAACACGUCCCCGCAGAUGAGAUUACGCAUUUGCUGUAUGCGUUUGCUGGAAUUGCCAGCGAUGGAUCUGUCAUCUCGAUUGAUACUUGGGGCGACGAGCAGAAGCGCCUUGGCGACGACCAGAGCUGGGACGAAUCCGGAAACAACGUCCAUGGUGCUAUAGAACAAGUAUUCCUACUGAAGAAGACGCAUCGCUCCAUGAAGACUCUGCUUUCUAUCGGCGGUUGGACUGCGUCGCAAGAGGGCAAGUUUGACCCUGCCAUCAGUUCAGCUGCUGGCCGAAGCCAGUUUGCUCGGACUGCUGUUGAACUUCUCGCCCGUUGGGGAUUCGAUGGUCUUGAUAUCGACUACGAAUACCCUCUUUCUGGAGAAGAGGCGGAAAAUUUUGCGUAUCUCCUCAGAGAGUGCCGAGAAGCUUUGGAUGAUUACGCCCAACGCAAUAACCAAGAUUACCACUACCUUCUCACUGUCGCGACACCUGCUGGCCCUCUGCACUAUAACAUUCUGGACAUGCAGGGAAUGGACAGAUAUGUCGAUGCUUGGCACCUCAUGGCCUAUGACUAUGCUGGCAGCUGGGACGACACGUCGGGAAAUCAAGCAAACGUCUUCGCUGACCCUUAUCAUCCUACUAGCACCAAGUUCAACUCCAACGAUGCAGUAGAUGGCUACCUUGCCAAUGGUAUUGAUCCUAGCAAGAUUAUUUUCGGCCUUCCUCUCUACGGCCGUUCAUUCAUGAACACCCAGGGCAUUGGCCAGCCCUACCAAGGCCUGGGACAGGGCUCCAUUGAGCAGGGUGUCUGGCUAUAUCGCGACCUGCCACGACCUAACUCGGAUGUCUACAUCAGUAGAAAAAUCAUCGCGGCAUUCUGUUACGAUGCAGCAACAGAAGAGCUCGUUUCGUACGAUACCGUCGAGACAGCUCGAAUGAAGGCCGGGUAUCUCAUGAGCAGGGGCCUCGGAGGUGCCGUCUUCUGGGAAGCUUCAGGUGACAAGACUGGAGAGGACAGCUUGGUUAUAACCGUGGCCAGAGAAUUGGGCGACUUGGAUGACUCAAUGAAUAUGCUUGAUUACCCUGAGAGCCCGUUUGAUAACAUUAGAGGUGCAGCCUAG